AUUACCAUCAUUUAAUGCAUUUCUUCUAGACACUGAGCUAGAAACCCUAUAUUAUAGGUUCUUCACAUAUAUUAGGAACUUCUAAGUUGAUGUUAAGUACCAAACCCCACCCCGCUCCCAAUUUUCAGGAUUCGUAUCAGAUAGGAGAGUUGCCUUUGUUUCUAUCCUUUAUGGCCAGUAGAUUUUCCUGGAAAACCCUGGUGGCGUAGUGGUUAAGGGCUACAGCUGCUAACCAAAGGGUUGGCACUUCAAAUCCGCCAGGCGCUCCUUGGAAACUCUAUGGGGCAGUUCUACUCUGGCCUGUAGGGUCGCUAUGGGUCGGAAUCGACUCGACGGCAUUGGGUUUUGGCUUUUAGAAUGUAGAAGAAAUUGGGGUUUCUACGUUGUGGAGUUCAAGCCUGGCCAUACACUUUGGCUUCUGCUUCCGAUCACCCGUUACAGCCUUGACAAUCCUGUGGAGCAGUUCUGCUCUGCACACAUCGGUUUGCCGUGAGUGGGCAUUGACCUGUAGGCAACAAACAACAAAAAUAGUGGCAGCUACCUCAUCCAACCCUGUGUAUCAGCCUCACAAGCAUAAACCACGGAAACAGCCUUAGCAUUUCUUAACUAGUUUGUUGCCGUAAUCAGGUGCCCAAGACUGCCACCUGUUUUUUCUUUUAACAUACCUUCUUUAGCAUACAGUGGGGUGGAGGAGAGAAAUAAAAUAUAUUAGACCCGUUUUAAAAAAUAGAACAAUUUUAAAUACUUAAUUAGAACUCUUGAAUGUAUAUUCAAUUAUUUAUUGUGAAAAUAACUAAUAUUACCAAAUACACUAUUUACUUUUUACAGCAACAAGCUUUAGAACUAGCUUUGGAUCGUGCAGAGUAUGUCAUUGAAAGUGCCCGACAGAGACCUCCUAAAAGGAAAUACUUAUCUAGUGGAAGAAGAUCUGUAUUUCAAAAACUUUAUGACCUGUACAUUGAAGAAUGUGAAAAAGAGCCAGAGGUAAAGCAGAAAUUAAGAAGAAAUGUGAACUUGUUAGAGAAGCUUCUCAUGCAGGAGACAUUGUCAUGUCUAGUGGUUAACCUCUACCCAGGAAAUGAGGGAUAUUCUCUGAUGCUAAGGGGGAAAAACGGAUCCGAUUCUGAGACCAUUCGAUUGCCUUAUGAAGAGGGGGAAUUGCUUGAAUAUUUGGACGCAGAAGAAUUACCUCCUAUUUUGGUUGAUCUCCUGGAAAAAUCUCAGGUUAAUAUUUUUCAUUGUGGAUGUGUCAUAGCAGAAAUACGUGAUUACAGGCAAUCCAGUAACAUGAAAUCUCCUGGUUACCAAAGUAGGCAUAUUCUUUUACGUCCAACAAUGCAGACUUUAGUAUGUGAUGUACAUUCAAUAACAAGUGAUAACCAUAAAUGGACACAGGAAGACAAACUGUUGCUUGAGAGCCAGCUGAUCUUGGCUACAGCGGAACCACUGUGUCUUGACCCAUCUGUAGCAGUAGCCUGCACUGCAAACAGACUGCUCUAUAACAAGCAGAAGAUGAACACACGCCCACUGAGACGGUGUUUCAAGAGGUAUUCUAGAUCCUCUCUCAAUCGGCAGCAGGAUCUGUCUCAUUGCCCACCUCCUCCACAGCUAAAAUUACUUGAUUUCUUACAAAAAAGAAAAGAAAGAAAAGCAGGUCAGCAUUAUGACCUCAAAAUCUCUAAAGCAGGAAAUUGCGUAGAUAUGUGGAAGCGGAGUCCUUGUCAUUUGGCCAUACCUUCUGAAGUGGAUGUAGAGAAAUACGCUAAAGUAGAGAAGUCUAUCAAAUCUGAUGAUUCACAACCGACUGUAUGGCCAGCCCAUGAGGUAAAAGAUGAUUAUGUAUUUGAAUGUGAAACUGGUAAUCAGCAUCAGAAAACAAAGUUGACCAUUAUGCAGUCACUUGGUGAUCCACUUUACUAUGGUAAAAUACAGCCGUGUAAAGAAGAAGAGGAAAGCAGUAGCCAGAUGUCUCCAUCCCACUCCUCCACAGAUGAGCAUUCAAAUUGGUUCAUUAUUGGAUCAAAAACUGAUGCUCAGAGGGUGGUCAAUCAGUACCAGGAGUUGGUCCAGAAUGAAGCCAAGUGUCCAAUCAGGAUGUCACACAGCUCCAGUGGCUCAGCCAGUCUGAGUCAGCACUCUCCAGGGAAAGAAACAGAACAGCCUGAGACCGUGUCAGUUCAGUCUUCAGUGCUGGGAAAGGGAGUAAAGCAUCGGCCUCCACCCAUCAAACUUCCCUCAGGCCCAGGAAACAGUUCCUCAGGUAACUAUUUUACUCCACAGCAGGCAAGCAGCUUUCUUAAAUCUCCAACUCCUCCUCCUGCUUCUAAGCCACCAAGUCUGUCUCGGAAGUCAUCUGUGGAUCUCAGCCAAGUUAGCAUGCUUUCUCCAGCUGCGUUGUCACCUGCCAGCUCAUCACAGAGAACCACAGCCACCCAAGUCAUGGCAAACUCUGCUGGAGUUAACUUCAUCAAUGUGUUGGGCUCUGUUUGUGGAGCCCAGGCUUUGAUGAGUGGUUCAAACCCCAUGCUGGGCUAUAACACUGGUGCCGUGACCCCUGCGGGGAUCCAGCUGAGUGGACUUCUUCCCUCAGGAGGUCUGCUACCAAAUGCACUGCCAGCUGCACUGCCAGCUUCUCAAGCAGGUGUUCCAUUUGGUUUAAAAAAUACUUCAAGUCUAAGGCCCUUAAAUCUACUCCAGCUUUCCAGUGGCUCGCUCAUUUUUAACACUCUGCAGCAGCAGCAGCUCUCUCAGUUUACUCCACAACCACAACCUCAGCAACCCACAGCUUCUAGUCCUCAGCAGCCAGGGGAACAGUGUUCUGAACAAGGUUCAGCCAGUCAAGAGCAGGCCUUAUCCGCUCAGCAAGCUGCUGUCGUUAACCUUACUGGAGUAGGGAGUUUUAUGCAGUCCCAAGCAGCUGCGUUGUCUCAGCUUGGCUCUGCCGAGAACAGACCUGAGCAAAGCCUUCCUCAGCAGAGAUUCCAGCUCUCCUCUGCCUUUCAACAGCAGCAGCAACAGAUACAACAGUUGCGAUUCUUGCAGCACCAAAUGGCCGUGGCGGCAGCAGCAGCACAAACAGCUCAGCUACGUCGUCAUCGGCAUACAGGCAGCCAGUCAAGAAGUAAGAUGAAGAGAGGCACGCCAACCACUCCACAAUUCUGAGUCUUGCAUUAUUUAUUUUUUCUCCUCUUUGAAAAGACAAGAGCAUCGAAUCAAAAGGAUUCUGAGUUUUUACUGCAUUUUUGUUUUGUCAGUGUUUUACAUUGAUAGAUGUACCAACUUUAUACAGAAGGACAACCCUACAAUUUUUAAGUAAAAACAGGGAAAUGAUUUAAUGAGCUAGGGAUGGUUUGCCUAAGUCAUUGCUUUGUAAAAAAAAAAGGUUCCACCGUACAUAAUAUGUACAGAAGUGGCCUAAGAAAUUCUAGAAACACCUUUCAAAAGACUGUAGUUUGCUAUUUAUUUAGUAUAAAAGGUUUGUGCACUGUGCUGACAAAUACAGUUUUUACAGAUCUGUUUGGAAAA